UGUGAGCAUUUAUUUCAACACCACCGAAGAGUAUCAAAUCAUGGGAUGUCCGUUUCAUGUAUGAUAUUAGGCCUACGGUGGAAUUUUUGACAAAACACUGUGGCCCAAUGACCAUGCAGGUAUAACCUGAAAAAAUAUACUUUCGAGGGACCCCAUAUGAAGAUAUGAAAUCUUUCAAAACGAUUACGGUGGCUGUGACCCUGGUGUGGCUCUUUGGUAUUUUCAUAUUUUUCCAACGACCAAACCUGGAAGAGGACUUGGAGAGACUGAAACAGCGAUUUACAACGAAGGCGCACGUCGCUAUUAGAAAUGAACUGAAGGAUGCCCGAGAUGCUGAUAUUCUAAGAGAACUCGUGCUAAGGGCUGCUAGUCGAGAUGCCUUCAGAAAAGAUAUAUUAAAACACUGGCGAAAGGAAAUUGAAAAGGAUAUCUUGAAUGAAGGGAGUAAUAACUUGGAAAAAGCGGGGGAUUCUACCGGCAAAAAGCAUACUUUGAGAGAAAUUCCGCAAAAAUCACUAAACCAGAGCGAUGUUGGUAAAAGCCGAGGUCAAACACUCCCUGUAGACAAGACGGUGGCCAUUGUUCCGGAACAUCAACAGCGAAAACAAGAAGCCUCAUCGAAUGAAGACUCGUACGACCCGAACGCCCCAGGAGAGGGAGGAAAACCAGUCAUCAUCGUUCCUGAAAAACUGUCACCCGAAGAAAGAGCGAAAUAUGAUUUGGGUUGGAAACAGAACGCUUUCAACCAAUAUGCAAGUGACAAAAUCUCGCUUCAUCGCCACCUGGGUAAUUUACUAGAACCUGAGUGUAAGCUGAAGACAUAUCGAGAAAAUCUCCCCGUGGCCAGUGUUGUCAUCAUUUUCCAUAACGAAGCCAUGAGUGUAUUACUACGCACAGUGCACAGCGUACUAGACGCCUCACCGCCACAUCUGAUCAAGCAAAUUUUUCUGGUUGACGAUUGCUCUGAUAGAGAGGAACUGCAAAAACCUCUCGAUGAAUACCUUCUGAAAUUACCAAAGGUACAGGUGCUUCGUCUGCAGUCUCGUGUCGGUCUUAUUCGAGCGAGAUUACAUGGGUUUUCUCACGUGACUUCCGAAGUGGCGAUAUUUCUGGAUUCUCAUUGCGAGUGUGUGGAAGGUUGGCUGGAGCCUUUAUUAGACAGGAUAGCCGAGAACAGUAAAAUUGUGGCCGUACCCGUGGCCGAUAUCAUUAGUGCCGACGACUUCGGAUACAGUUUCCGGGGCACCAACGAUAUCUUCCUGGGCGGUCUGGACUUAGACCUGAACUUCUCCUGGAGGACAAUACCGCCUCGUGAAUUCACGAGACGUAAAGACAAGCACGAGCCGCUCAGAACACCAACUUUCCUCGGCUGCUGUUUCGCUAUAAGUGUGGACUUUUUCAACCAACUCGGCACAUACGACGACGGAUUCGACAUUUGGGGAGCAGAACAUUUAGAAUUAUCGUUUAAGACGUGGAUGUGUGGAGGAUCGCUGGAGUAUAUUCCCUGUUCUCACGUCGGCCAUCUUUUCCGUACGAGAAGUCCCUACACAUGGCGCAGUAAUGUGGAUGCUCUUCGUCGGAACAACCUCCGCCUGGCAGAAGUCUGGAUGGACGAGUACAAAAUGUUUUUCUACGACAGGAUCUUUUACAAACCAGUCGACUAUGGAGAUGUAUCAUCAAGAAAACAGAUCCGUGAAAAUCUACAAUGUAAGAGUUUUGAUUGGUAUGUCAAAAACAUCUACCCAGAACUCUAUCUGCCAAUCAAUAGCCAGGCAACGGGAAUGAUCCAGCAGAAGAAGAAGCCACUUUGCCUGGAGUCGUCCGUCCAGUGGUUCGAUGUGGGCAAGAGAGCAUAUAUGACAACCUGUAACACCGCUUCUACCAUACAGCACUGGACUCUGACAAAGGAGAAUCAGAUCAGGAGAGACGAGAACUGUCUCGACAUCAGUCAAGACAAUUUUCUUGUUGUAAAGACAUGUGGAGAUGCCGCUGGAUCCGUGUGGAUGUACAGACAGGAUGAUACCAUAGCACAUGCCCAGUCAGGCCUCUGUCUAGAGAUGGAUUUUGAUGGGAAACAAGUGAGCAUGCAGAGGUGUAUGGGUACUGAUCGACAGCUGUGGAGCUGGGAGAGACGGCGACUUAGGCUCCCCAUGGCGGAGAAAAGCUAAAGCUCGGCGUGUGUGUAUUGCAAGAGUGAAAUGAAACAUGGCUGACAUAAAGACUGGGACAGACGAUGAGUAUGAAACAUUAUGCCCGGGAAAUAAGAAAAGGAACUAUUAUUUAUCAUGUGUCAUCUAUGGAACUGAUAAGUUUCACUCUCCUUUCGCGGAGGUUUAGCAUUGCAAGAAAGGCAGUAUUUUUUCAGAGGUUAGACUUAGACAUCCACAAAUGAACCACAAAACUGUCAGCCCACGCUGUAAAACCUGGCUCACAACCGUAAAGUACGGAGCAGCUCCUACAGGGUACUGUAAGGCCAUUGUCUGUGCGGCACGGAUUCAAAUUGCCUCAAACUACAGCUACCGCAUAGUACUGCUCAGGUUUUAUACCUGGCUGAGUUCUGAUUUAACAGGUCAGAACAACCGCAGUACCGCACAGCCACGGCGUUUGCUUGGUACAGUGACUCAGCCCCCAGUGUUCAGUAAUACUUAGGCAUAAAGGAAUGCCAAAGCACGAGAAUACACUCAGACACCGUUAACAAGUUACUAGAAAUGUGCCAACUACUAGAGUUUUAUUCUCCCACACCUAGAUAUAUCUUAACGUUCACGAGAAAAUACUUUUUUCAAGCCAUUGUAAAUAUUCCU